AUGGCUGGUAAAAUGACCUUGUAUAAACUGGUGGUGCUGGGAGAUGGCGGUGUUGGGAAAACGGCUUUGACGAUUCAGUUAUGUCUCAAUCACUUCGUCGAAACCUACGAUCCCACUAUCGAAGACUCCUACCGAAAACAAGUUAUGAUAGAUCAACAAGCAUGCAUGUUGGAAGUGCUGGAUACCGCCGGGCAAGAGGAAUACACCGCUCUUCGCGACCAGUGGAUUCGAGACGGUGAAGGGUUUAUUCUCGUCUACAGCAUCACCUCGAGAAACUCCUUUGCAAGAAUCCAAAAAUUCUAUUCACAAGUACAACGGGUCAAAGAGUCCGGACAUCCAAAUUCACCCACUGGUGCGAGUUAUCUUCCCAAUCAAAUGAGCGGCUCACCCGCAUAUACCGGCCCUGUUCCGAUUAUGCUGGUGGGAAAUAAGAGUGACAAACACCAUGAGCGCGAAGUGUCAUCUCAAGAAGGCUUAGCAUUGGCUAAAGAUCUCGGUUGUGAAUUUGUGGAAGCCUCUGCCAAAAACUGCAUCAAUGUCGAAAAAGCCUUCUACGAUGUCGUGCGGCAGCUGAGGAGACAACGGCAAUCACCCAUCAAACAAAUCGAUCGCAAAGGAACCAACUAUGGGCCCUCUCCCGGCCUGCGAAAUGACUACGAUAAGGAUCAUCAAAGAAUUUAUCGCGAGCAUACCAAAAAGAGAGGCACCAAGUGCGUGAUUUUAUGA